AUGGUUGCUCUCACGGCUUCAAUAGCAGGUCUUUUGUUUGGGUAUGAUACCGGGAUCAUCUCGGCGGUGUUGGUCUACAUCGGAAACGAUCUGGGAGGACGACCACCCACACACAAUGAAAAGGAAAUGAUUACCUCCCUUUGUUCUGGUGGCGCCUUCUUCGGUGCUAUCUUUGCUGGAUUCACAGCCGACAAGUUUGGUCGCAAAACUCCCAUCUACCUCGGCUGUGCUCUGUUUACAGUCGGGGCCGCUCUCCAAGGCUCUGCCUACACGAUCCCUCAGAUGGCAGUAGGUCGUUUUGUCGUCGGUCUGGGUGUCGGUUCCGCCGCGAUGAUAGUCCCUCUGUACGUAGCCGAAUUGGCUCCAGCGCAGGCACGAGGCCGAUUAAUCGGCUUAAACAAUAUCUGCAUCACAGCUGGCCAGGUCCUAUCUUACGCACUUGGUGCAGCUUUUGCAUCCGUCGACCAUGGCUGGAGGUACAUGGUUGGACUGGGCGGUGUUCCAUCUGUUAUUCUUGCAAUCCUGCUACCCUUGUGUCCACAGUCCCCCCGGCAGCUGGUCUACAAUGGACGAAUGGAGGACGCAAAGCAAGUUCUACGAAAGAUCUAUGGCCACGCCACAGAGCGACAGAUUGAAAUAAUUCUGGGCACGAUCCAAGACGCAUGCGAGGAAGCGCGUCAAAUGAACGACAAUGAAAGCAAAUGGUCUAAAAUUAUCCAAUUGCAUCGCGUACCCGCUAAUAUGCGGGCGCUUUUCAGUGCAUGCGGAUUAAUGGUCUUCUCCCAGAUGUCCGGAUUCAACACCCUGAUGUACUAUUCCUCGACACUUUUCGCAAUGGUCGGGUUCAGCAACCCGGUAGCCGUGGGACUUAUCGUCGCAGCCCCGAAUCUAGUCAUGGCUUUCGUGAAUGUGUUGCUAGUUGAUCGUCUUGGUCGUCGCCGACUCCUGCUUUACACUUCAUGGGGGAUGUGCGCUGGUCUUAUUGCCGUCACGGUCGCUUUUGCGUUCCUCCCCGUCGAUACCGAGACGAUGGAAGUCCGCGCGAGUGGGACUCAGCCAGAGGCUAUCGUCGUGCUGAUAUUCUUGCUCUGGUUUGUUAUCUUCUACGGUGUGUCGGUCGGCAACACCGCGUGGAUGAGUGCCGAUUUCUUCCCGCUGGAGGUGCGUUCUAUGGGCACGAUGUGGAUGACCUGUUCUACCUGGGCGAGUAAUGUCAUUGUGUCCAGCACUUUCUUGUCCAUGAUGAAGUCGAUGACGCCUUCUGGAACAUUCGGUUUCUAUGCUGGGAUCUGUGGCCUUGGGUGGGUGUGGAUCUAUUUCUUCUAUCCGGAAGUGACUGGCUUGCAGCUCGAGGAGAUCCGCGAAAUCUUUGAACGAGGGUAUGGGAAGGAAAUGAGAAAUUCCCGAAGGGUCCAAAAUGAGGAGUCAGCCUAA